AUGGUGUUAGCUAUCCAAGGUUUCGUGGAGACCAAGUGGGUUGGAAACAAGGCAAGAAAAAUAGCUCCAUGGGGUUAUAAGCUUUGGCAUUCGGGAAAAUUUAGGGAUAGGAAUGAGGUAGGUAUCCUUAUUGACCGAGAAUAUAUUGAUGAUGUAGUGGACGUGUCUCGAAAGAGUGAUCGAAUUAUGAGUAUUAAGCUUGUGAUAGGGGAUGAAGUUGUAACUAUUGUUCGAGUCGUGAUGGAUUUGAAAGCAUUAAUUCAUGGUGGUUUUGGGUAUGAUGAUCGGAAUGAAGCGGGAAAUGCUAUUUUGGAUUUUGCAUUGGCAUAUGAUUUGGGUAUAAUGAACACUUGGUUUGAGAAAAGACACUCUGACCUAGUAACCUAUAGGAGUGGAGGUAAUAUGAGUCAGAUCGACUUCUUUAUAGUAAGGACUGUUGUGAGACAGUGCUACACCAAUUGA